AUGGCUACCCAAGAUUCUAGAACCGCCUUCACCAAGGACAAGGGCCAUUUUACAAUCCACGGCUGCGGUGACGAUCACGACUUUCUACCCGGCGUCCUUCCUGACAAUCGACCGGAUCCGUAUCUAAAGAUCUAUCAUCAAUGCAAUGACGACGACGAAAUGACGCGCAUCGACCUGCCGCGGGUGUUCUCGCCUAAAAAACAGAAGUUUCGGAGGCCCAUCUUCCUCGACUUGGACGACGACACCGACGAGUCCAACGAGAACACAGAAUUGGUG